GUCAUUUGUCAAUGAAUUAGUCAACAAUGUGAUUUCGUCAACAGAGAACUUGUAAUUGUGUAAUUUUUUAAAGUUUCGUCUAUUUCAAAGCGAAGACUGAGUAACCAGUAAACUAGUGAUUGUGCUUUCACCAUACUUACUACGUUUCAAAGGACAAAUAACUAAAACAUUAAGAAUGGGUGACAAAAUCUAUAGUAAUUUCGUGAAAGCAAGUUCACCUGAACAAGACGUAAAUACUAAACAGGAUAUUACAAUACUAAGUGGAGAAGAAGCGAGAAAACUAUACCUUGAAGAGGUUAAACAUGCAAAAACACCAAAAAGGCUCAAGACACACGGAAUAGAAAAAAAGAAAAAGGUUAUAACAGAAGAAGAAACACCACUAUCAAACAAAGACUUAUUUAUUACAGUACAAAAUAAUGAUGUAGACAGAGUUAAAUGUGAACUAGACAGAUACCCUGAUAAGUUAAAUAUUGUUGAUGAGUUUGGCUGGAGUUUACUGAUGAUAGCGUGCCAAGCAAACUCCGUUGAUGUUGUAGAGCUAUUACUGAAAAGAGGUAUAGACAUGUCUGUGAGAGACAAAGCUGGUAAUUCCGCCCGAAGUCUAGUUAUUAAGAACAAAAAUUAUAUUUUAGCUGAUAUUCUAUUAAGAUACAUACAGAAAGAAACUCCACAGAAACCAAAAUCAAAACAAGCAUCAGUAACAGUCAAAUUGAAAGAAGAAUACUUCUGUGAGGCUUGUAAUAAAACAUUUCCUGAUAGAGAGGAACAUUUGUCAUCAACAGUACACAAUAUAGCAGCUAGCAGAGGGAAGAAAAUACCAGCUUGUUAUGCAUUACCAGAGACAAACAGAGGAUAUCAGUUGAUGCUAAAAGGAGGUUGGGAUAAACAGUCCGGUCUGGGCAAAGAUGGAUCUGGCAAACGUUAUCCUAUUAAAACAGUUCAAAAGAAGGACAGGAAAGGCCUUGGGCAUGCCAAACAGAAACCCGUUGACAAACCACAAGACAAUGUUAAACAUAAAAAUAGAAUAAAGUUGGCAAGAGACCAUCGGAGUGACAAAUCAUUCGAAAUAAAGUUUAGACGGGAAUUUUACUGAAA